CAAAAAUAGAAAUAGAAGAAGUGACGGAGGAGAACGUGAAGUUUACGCUCUCUGAGUGCACGCUGGGAAUGGCGAAUGCGUUACGCCGGGUUAUAAUGACGGAGAUACCCACUCUGGCGAUAGACAUUGUGCAAUUUGACAAAAACUAUACGGUCAUUCCGGAGGAGAUGACAACGGACAGGCUCGGGCUUAUCCCCAUAGAAAGCAGCACGGCAGAGAAGUACCUCUACCCGAAGGACUGCAGCUGCAAAAGCUUCUGCAAAAACUGCUCUAUCUCGAUCACUCUAGACGCUAAGAACGAGCGAAUAGUCCCGCUGACUGUUACUUCGAAGAGUCUCUUCAUGGAGGACGGGGUUACGCUGAGCAUUGGCGACCCGAGGAGUCCCUCCAUCAUUACGCGCCUGGGGAAUAUGCAGUCGAUCAAGUGCAAGUGCAUAGCCGUGAAGGGAACGGGGAAAAAGCACGCGAAAUGGUCUCCCGUGGCGACUGUAGCCUUCGGGUACGACGGAGACAACUCCCUCCGGCACACGAAGUACUGGCACGAGAAAAGCAUCAACGAAGAGUGGCCUACUCCGUGGUUUUCGCAGGAGAAUUCCCCUGCACAGGGCGAGAAGUACGUCCACAGUGCAGAGCCCCGCACCUUCCACUUCAACGUGGAGGUGAUUCGGGGCUGCCUGAAGCCCAUGGAAGUUCUCUCGCAAAGCGUGCAGAUUCUGAAGAACAAGCUGAAGCACGUGAGAAAUGCCCUGGAGGACGUGUAG